AUUCAGAGUUAUGUGUCAACAAAUGCGUAUCAUCGAUGAAAUCUAUUCAUUAAUUUAACUGGUUAAACGACAUUAACUUUCUAAGCACCGACAUGGACAGAUAUGUGAUUGUCGUCGCCUUUAAUCUGGAAUGGGACGGCAGUUCUAAGGACUACAAAGGACUGCAGAUCACCAAGCAAAUUUAUGACAACCUCAAAGAAACAUCGACCUCUAAAUGCGUGUCAGAAGGAUCACCAAUGCCAGCUUGCUCCCUGAGUGGUAAACCCACCCCUCAGAAAUGGUUCUUUGCACUUCAAACCUGCUGUGGAUCAACACAGUUUUGCAGUGCGGACUGGGAGGAGCUGUCUGAGGGUAGUCAGAAGAGUGACAGUGAGGAGGCUGGGCCCUCCACUUUAGAGGCCUGUCUCUCCGCUGUGGAGGAGCAGGAACAGGAGGAGACAACCGAGCAGGAGUCCAUUAAAGAGCUUCUGGAAGAGGGGGCUGAUGGAGUCCAUCUGCUGGCCGACAAGCUGCCCCCGCCAGGUAGGGCGCUUUUGGAUGUGAUUUUGGUGUGCAUGGACAAAGAGGCACCGCCCAUGAAGCUCUCCUUGCCUCUGAUUGGCUCCCUGAAACACCUGCAGACCUGGCACUCAGCCAAGAUGUCCAUGGUCACAGAGCACACACAGGGGUGGCAGAAGGAGGCUACUUAUCUCAUGGCCAGUGUGUGUGAGAGUGCUGAUGUUCUGAGCUGCCUGGACGAGAGAGAGCUGUGGAGAGGAGCUGUGCUCAUCAGAGAGAAGAAGUUGGCCUCGGAGGUGAGAUUUGAUGGAUUCAGCCUAAGGAGGAUGCAGCCUGGAGGCUCUCUGAGUAGUGUCCUUCCAGAGGGCAACAACAACCACAAGCACACGGACCAUCAGCUCACAGCCGAGGUCUUCCACUACUACCAGCCUGCCUUGACCCUGUUGCAGGUAGUGCUGGUGGCGGAUCUGCCAGCGUACUCAUUAUCCAGUACAGAGUUUCAGCUUGACCUGUCCUCCAGCUCCACCAGAGCCCAGAUGCUGCUGGAUCAGCUGGCCACUCUGCGGGGAAAGGUAGCGGCGGUGUUCUCUCUGAGCUGUGUGGUCAGCCCCAUGGCUCUACCCUCCCCAUCUCAGCUCAGCACACACAAGUGGAAGGAGUUCAUGGCCAAACGACCCAAAGCCUUCACUGUCCCAGAGGUAGAGGUCAAAGGCGAGACGGCGCACUACUUCCUGCUGGUGCAGGGGGCGGCCGAAGGUGGCUGCAGAGCGCGCAUGAUCCUCUCGGCCAAUCAGAUCAACGGCUCCAUUGCACUGGAAAUGGCCAACACGCUCAUGUGCAGGAACCAUGCCGAAUCAUCAGACUCGGAUGACAGCAUGGUUGAGUGGCUGCGUUCCUUGCCUGCUGUCCGUGGUGAUGAGCUGGUGUACCAGGAGAAAUGUCUGGCUAGGGUGCAGACGCUUGCAGUCAAGGAAUGCCUCCGUAGGAGGAAGGCGUACCAGGUGCCUUAUGGUCUACCUGGCAGCCAUUUGCGGUCGCUGCUGACCCUGGCCAGAGAGCAGUUCUUCAGCAUGCAGCAGGCGUACGGCCCCUGCAAACCCAAAGCGCCCCCCAGCUCUGCCACCCAGGAGCCAGGCCAGGACCAGGGCCACGAGCAGCAGGCCCAGGGGCAGCAGGGGCAGGGAAACACUGCCAAGGACUCAGUGCUGUGGCCAGAGAGGAGCGUGCUGCAGAACUCUGAGAAGCUGAGGAGGAGUCGACAGAAGUCCAGGAGCAGUCUGUUGUCGUGCAGUUCUGAUAGUCUGCUGGGUCCUAAAGACGGCCAGAGAGACGUCUUCUCCUCCCUCUUAGACGCCUCAGAGCUGCUCAGGCACUUCACACCCGACGGACAGCCCAGAGCACCUCUACAGCCACUACUGCUGCAGAGAGGAGAGAAUGCCUUCCAGUUGACCCCUGACCUCACUCCAAGGAAGGUGAGCCAGCUGCCCUUCAGGAAAGCCACCAACUCCCACUACCAUGGCAUCGAGUUCUGUCUGGAUGAGCUGGGAGCGCUGGAGAGAGACCGGGGCAUGUCCCGCCUCCAGUCGCGCCUGAUUCGCUACGAGACCCACACCACCUGCUCCAAGGAGCCCAUGCCCCUCACCCCGCUCCCCUUCGCCCUCAGUCCCGCCCCCUCCCCGGCUGUCCUAUCAGAGCCAGGCAGCGUGCCCGACGGAGAGAGCCUGGCACAGGGAGACUACCCGCGCCUCAAACGCCACCACGCCCACAGCCGAGACCCGGACCAACUCCCACUCCCGCUCAAGAGGCAGGCCAAGUCGGACAGUGGCGAGUGUCCCGGCUCUCACGGCAGCAACAGCAGCGGCAGCCGGGGAUUCGGCCCCUCAGGUCCCCCCCGGGCCCUCAGGCAACAGACCAGGCCCCAGUCCUCAUCAGGGGCCCUUAGGAGGGGCAGUGGAGGAGGUGGUGACAGGAGGGGCAGUGGCGGAGGUGGUGACAGGAGGGGCAGUGGCGGAGGUGGCGGAGGUGGAGGUGGUGACGGUGGCAGCAGGAGGAGCGGCGGUGGUGGUGACAGCAGCAGCAGCAGGACCAGUAGCAGCAGUGGUGGUGGCACUCAAAGGGGAGCCACUGAUGCCCAGGAGUCGACCCAGCAGCCGGGCCAGGGAGACAGCCAGAGCCGCGGCGAGUCCCGCUCACAGAAGCACCACAGAAUGCUGAGGGAGGUGGUGGCGAAGACUCUGAAGCAGCACGGCAUCAGCAGCCAACACGCCUCCUUUGAAGCCUGCAACCAGCGCCUCUUCGACAUAUCAAAGUUCUAUCUCAAGGAUCUGAAGACGUCCAGAGGACUCCAUGAGGAGAUGAAGAAAGCGGCCAGUGGCAAUGCCAAACAGGUGAUCGAGUGGGUGUUGGAAAAGGCUUCAAAGACAUGAGACCCGGCCCCCAAACCUUGGCCCCCUCUGGCCUCUCCUCUGCCCUGCCUAGAGUGAUUCUCCCGGCCCCCGUAUUGUACCCCCUCAUUCUGCCUCGGACCGCUGCCCGCUCGACCCCCAGGUCCUGGCCAGCUGGCAGUGGCUAUUGGUUGGCUGAGGGCCACACGGGCCGAGGCCAUUGGCUGCAGAUAGCCCCUGUGGCGAGGACAAGCCAGGCAGCACGAGCAGUGUGAGCAGUGUAGCGUUGUAGCGUUCCCUCUUCCCUACACAGCACUGCUCAGCCAUGACUCUCUGGUGCCCCUACCAUUACUGUCUGCUCUGUUCUAUUCUAUUCUGCUCUCAUUGUGUACUACAUAGUCUUUGUACUUAUGUUUGUUGUUGUCACAUGUUUUUUUUAUUCCUGUGUAUGUGUGCGUGUCGUCUAUAAAUUAAAGGGAUUCAUUUUA